CCAAGGUUCCCGGCCGUAGGCUGCCAGAGGUCUGCGCGGAUUUCUCGGGGCGGCGAUGGGCCCCCUUCCCCACCCCUGGGGUGGGGGUGGUGAGCAAUCCGCGCGGACCUCCGCGAGCUUACGUUUGGGCGGUGUCCGUUGCCCUGAGGCUACCAGAUCCACUGGUGCACGAAGCCGCCGAACCCAGAGACGCCCAACUUCGCGAUGGGCCCGCACCUGCAGCAGAUCAAGAGCGAGCUCGACCAGUUCCGGCCCGACCUGGUCAUGUGCGCAUCUAAGGGCGGCGCGUACGUGGUGGGCCUCUGGGAGGCUGGCCUGUGGCUCGGGCCCACGCUGAUGAUCAACGCCCACCCCACGUGCGUGCGCCUGCCGCGCGGCGUGCCCGUGGUGCUCGCGGCGGGCGGCGACGACGAGCACUACCCCUCGACGAGGAAGGCCCUGCACCGGCUUGUGGCCACCGGCACGGCGAGCCACAGUUUCCUCUACUACGCGGCCGGCAGCGGCCCGCGCCUCCCGCCCGGCUUCGCGCCGCGCCCCGGCGACCGCCACAACAUGGACUCGCUGCUGCAGAACGACUGCCUGCCCCGCCUGAUGGACGCGGCCCUCUGCCCGGAGGGCGCCGAGGUGCACCUGUGGCCCCCCGGCCCGACCCGCACCCACGCGGCGCUGGGCUCGGAGAGCCGCCUGCGGGCGGAGCGGCCCCUGCGCGAGGCGCUGCUGCAGCGGCUGGACGCCGCGCAGCGCCGCGGCGCCGCCGCGUGGCCGGCCCCGUCCGUGGAGCCCGGCAGCCAGGAGUUCGGCCUGGUCGCGGCCGCGUUCGCGGCGCCGCCCCGGGCCGCGUCCGCCUACCGCUUCCGGGCGGCGGUGCCCUUCGAGGCCACGCGCAUCGCCGCCGUCCACCGCGUGGAGCCCCGGCCCGACGCCGCCGCCGCCGCGCUGCGCCGCCUCGCGGAGCUGCGGGGCUCGCUGGAGCAGCGGGGCGUGCCCUUCGAGGCGGACGUCCACGCGCGCUGGGCCUUCUACCACGGCUGCGGGGCCUCGGCGCUGGGUGCCGGGCUCCAGCACCUCGACGGUCCGUGGGGUGCUGGCAUCUACUUCGCGCGCGAGGCGAGGCACGUGGUGGACAGCGGCGUGUGCACGGGGCCCGACGGCUCCAGGACGGUGCUCGUGCGCCCGCCGCCGCCGCCGCCGUCGCCGCUGUAUCCGCCGCCGUCGCCGUCGGAUCCAGGACGGUGUUCACGUGCGAAGGGGGGAUGACGUUGGGAGGAGGAGGAGGAGGCGGAGGAGGAGGAGGCGGUCCUCGUCGCCGCCGCCGUCAACUGCUCCAAGACGGUGCUCAUGUGCCUGCUGGCCUCGGGCCUGCCCUGCGUCGGCGAGGCGGCCGGCGGAGGCGAGCUGCCGCUCCGCGGGGGCGCGGUGGCCCACGACUGCGCUGUCGACAGCGCCGCGAGCCCGGAGCUCUACGUGGUGCCCCGCGCCGACUCGGCCGUGGCGGCGUACUUGAUCGUCCUGGCCUGACGAGUAGGCCGCGAGGCCCACACGCCCAACGAAGCCACCUCCCCCUCCCUCCCUCCCUCCCGCCCUCUCCCUCCU